UCUCGCCAAGGAAGUGGAGCCCUGAAUGUGCCCGUCGCGCUUGAUGAUGUCAGAGAAGAGUGACUCCCGUGUGCUUUGGAGAGGGAGCAAGAAGCCGUAAACAUGCCUCCGAAAGGGAAAAGCGGCGGCAAAGGGGGGAAGGCAGGUGCAUCCUCUGGCAGUGAUGCUGCAGAUAAGAAAGCCCAGGGCCCUAAAGGAGGUGGCAGUACUGUGAAGGUGAGGCAUAUUUUGUGUGAGAAACACAGCAGAGUCCUGGAGGCCCUGGAGAAACUAAAGGCUGGGGUGCGCUUCAGCGAAGUAGCCUCUCAGUACAGUGAGGACAAAGCCAGACAAGGGGGAGACCUGGGCUGGAUGAGCAGAGGCUCUAUGGUGGGACCAUUCCAAGACGCAGCCUUCGCCUUGCCAGUCAGCAGCAUGGACAAGCCCGUGUACACAGACCCACCUGUCAAAACCAAGUUUGGCUAUCACAUCAUAAUGGUUGAAGGGCGUAAAUAAAAAUGUUCUCUGCAA